AUGACCACUGCCCCCUCCCCACAAGCCUUCUGUAACAAAGUCCCCUCAAUCCCCCCGCAGAUCUCCUCACAUUCCCCCAAUACCCCUCAGAGUCCCCUCAGCCCCUCACCUCAGGGCUCCCCACACCCUAAAUCCCUCACAGUGCCCUAUAUCCUCCCAAAUCUCCUCACAUUCCCCCAGUAUCCCCUCACAGCCUCUCUACCCCCUCAGCCUCUCACCUCAGGGCUCUGCACAGCCCAUAUCCCCCAUAGUCCCCUCAAUCCCCCCAGUAUCCCACCCAACACCCCGAGUCCCCUCAUAGCCCCAUCAGUCCCUCACCUCAGGGCUCCCCACACAUCCCUCACAGUGCCCUCAAUCCCCUCAGUACCCCCUCACAGGUUCCCCAGCCUCUCACCUCAGGAGCUCCCACAUCCCAUAUCCCUCAGAGUCCCCUCAAUCCCCCCGCAGAUCUCCUCACAUUCCCCCAAUACCCCUCAGAGUCCCCUCAGCCCCUCACCUCAGGGCUCCCCACACCCUAAAUCCCUCACAGUGCCCUAUAUCCUCCCAAAUCUCCUCACAUUCCCCCAGUAUCCCCUCACAGCCUCUCUACCCCCUCAGCCUCUCACCUCAGGGCUCUGCACAGCCCAUAUCCCCCAUAGUCCCCUCAAUCCCCCCAGUAUCCCACCCAACACCCCGAGUCCCCUCAUAGCCCCAUCAGUCCCUCACCUCAGGGCUCCCCACACAUCCCUCACAGUGCCCUCAAUCCCCUCAGUACCCCCUCACAGGUUCCCCAGCCUCUCACCUCAGGAGCUCCCACAUCCCAUAUCCCUCAGAGUCCCCUCAAUCCCCCCCCAAAUCUCCUCACAUUCUCCCAAUACCCCUCAGAGCCCCCUCAGCCCUCACCUCAGGGCUCCCCACAUCCCAUACCCUCAUAGUCUCCUCACGUCCCCCAGUAUCCUCCUAACAACCCAAAUCUCCUCAAGAUCUCCUCAACCCCUCACCUCACGACUCUCCACACCCCACAUCCCUCACAGUGCCCUAUAUCCCCCCAAAUCUCCUCACCUUCCCCCAAUAUCCCCUCACAGUCUCAUCACCCUCUCAGCCCCUCACCUCAGGUCUCCGCACAUCCCAUAUCCCCCAUAGUCCCCUCACCCGCCACUAUCCCUGCCAACACCCAAAAUCCCCCUCACGAU